AUGAGCUCAAUUCACACCACUCUACAGAGAAGUUCUGCAUUUAUUGCAGUUUUCAACAACAUUCUGUUGAUUUUCCUAAUCAAGUACAAAUCUCAUAAGAAAAUCGGGAAAUAUAAAUAUUUGAUGAUCUACAUAUCAGUUUUUGAAAUAAUCUAUGCAAUAUUGGAUAUUUUUGCAGUUCCGGAAAUUUACACAAAAGGAAGCGCAUAUUUGGUAACUGUGUCAAGUAGGCAGUCAUACCUGCCACCGUUCCUGCUCCUCCUUUUCGCCGAACUUUUUUGUCUAUUUUUUGGAGUUUCAAUGGGGAUUUUUGCCGUUCAUUUCAUCUAUAGAUAUAUGGUCGUCAGCGAGAGCGUUUUACUGAAAAAGUAUGAUUCCCACGUCAUUUUUUGCCUACUCACACUGCCGUUACUUUUUGGAAUUUUCUGGCUUUGGGUAACUGAUUACUUCAUAUCGCCAUUUGAAGAAGCUGGCACGUUUUUAAGGGAAAACUUUCUCGAUAAAAUGAACAUCGAUCUGGCUGACGUUAGCUAUGUGGGACCAUAUUUUUGACCAAUUGGAAGAAAUGGAAAAACGUAUCUUCAAUGGAAAUCAUUGUUUGGAAUUUUGAUAAUGAGCAUAUCUAUUAUCAUUUCAUUCUCAAUCGUAUUUGUAUAUGGAUACAAAUGUUACCGAAAAACCAAUAAAUUGAUUCAAAGUUCAUCUCAAUCGGCAUCCUUUAACAAAUUUCAAUCGCAACUAUUCUACUCACUUGUUUUACAAACUAUUAUUCCAGUAAUCCUAAUGCAUAUACCUGCUACUAUUGGGUUCAUAGCUUCAUUUUUCGAUGUUUCUUUUGAAUUUCUUGGUCAGCUGUGUUCGUUCACUAUUUGUCUGUAUCCAGCUUUGGAUCCACUUCCGAAUUUUUUCAUAAUCAAGUCGUAUCGAGACGCUAUCCUCAAAAAUUUGAAAUCCUGCGAAAAAAUAAUUUUUUACAAAGGAGCCACGGGAGAUAUUGAAGUCGUUGGUUCGUCCUAUUUAGCAUCAACCUCAAUUUCACCAAAAGCAAAAAUUUGUACUGCUCCAGUGAGCUGAAA